AUGAAAAAUUAUUGGAGACAAGAAAGGAACCUCUUUUUCUAAAAAGAGAGAAAGGGUUGUUUGGUUUGCGAGAAAAAAAAAUCCCAUUUUCUCUCUUCUUCUACUUGUACAAAAAUUGAUAGAAAGGAAGAAACUUGAUAGAAGAAGAGAGAAGAACUCCACCAAAAAAAGAAACCCAUUAAAGCUUUUUAGGUUUUAAGAUUAAUGGAACUGGAUAGUAUUGAGUGUGUGGCAUCAACAGAUGGAAUUGAUGAGGACGAGAUCCAUCACCACAAUAAUCUUCAUCAUCAUCAUCACCAUCAAUUUCCAUCAUCAAAGCCUCACAAUGCAAUCAACAACACCAAUAACAAUACCAAUUCCAUAAAUAGCAUUGUGGGUCCAACUGCAAUUGCCCCUGCCACUAGUGUUCAUGAAUUGCUUGAAUGUCCCGUUUGUACAAAUUCCAUGUACCCACCAAUCCAUCAGUGCCACAAUGGACACACACUAUGUUCCACCUGUAAAACAAGGGUACACAACCGGUGCCCCACUUGUAGACAGGAGCUUGGAGAUAUUAGGUGUUUAGCAUUGGAGAAGGUAGCUGAGUCACUUGAACUGCCCUGCAAAUAUUACUCCUUGGGAUGCCCAGAGAUAUUUCCAUAUUACAGUAAACUUAAGCAUGAGGCUAUGUGCACCUUCAGACCAUAUAAUUGCCCAUAUGCCGGAUCAGAUUGCUCUGUUGUUGGUGACAUCCCAUACCUGGUUGCCCAUUUGAGGGAUGAUCACAAAGUGGAUAUGCACACAGGAUGCACAUUCAACCAUCGCUAUGUGAAAUCUAAUCCCCGUGAAGUAGAGAAUGCAACUUGGAUGCUAACAGUUUUCCAUUGUUUCGGUCAAUACUUCUGCCUUCACUUCGAAGCCUUCCAGCUUGGAACAGCUCCCGUGUAUAUGGCAUUCCUCCGUUUUAUGGGUGAUGAAAGUGAGGCUCGGAACUACAGCUACAGCCUAGAGGUUGGAGCAAAUGGCAGGAAGCUCAUUUGGGAGGGUACGCCUCGAAGUAUCCGGGAUUGCCACCGGAAGGUUAGGGACAGCCAUGAUGGUCUCAUCAUCCAACGGAACAUGGCACUUUUCUUCUCUGGUGGUGACAGAAAAGAGCUGAAACUAAGAGUUACUGGGAGAAUAUGGAAGGAACAGCAGAAUCCAGAUGCUGGAGUGUGCAUACCAAACCUAUGUAGCUGAGAGGGUGAUUUUGUAUACAUUUCCAUUUGUUUGGUACAUUUUCUGUUGUUUUGAGCUUUGCCAACAUUUCCUGGGUGUGUUGUAAUGGAAUUGAGGGCUUGUGCAUUUCAACUUCAGUAAAUUGUAUAAGAAUCAGAUUUUUCUUAUUUAAUGAAUGAUAAAAUCACUUCAUCUA